AUGUCAUCAUCUUCAACAACAACAACUACUCACUCAUACUAUAAAGAACUCCAAAUUGCUACACUUGCGGUAAAGAGAGCAUCUAUAUUGACCAAACAGUUGAGCGAUUCAAUUUCUCAGGCCAAAUCAGGGACAAUCACUAAAGAGGACAAAUCACCAGUGACAAUUGGAGAUUUUGCAAGUCAGGCUAUUAUUAAUAACGCUAUAAAGCUAAACUUUCCCGGUGAUGAGAUUGUCGGUGAAGAAGAUUCUGAGGAUUUACAAGCCAACGCUAAGCUCUCGUCUGAAGUGUUGAAUUUAAUUACUAAAGUACAGAAAGAGACUGCUGAGUAUGACGACGUAAUUGGUACUUUAUCCAAAGAGGAGGCUGUAUUCAAAAGCAUCGACUUUGGAAACUCUCAGGGUGGCUCAAAGGGGAGAUUUUGGGCGUUAGACCCAAUUGAUGGAACUAAGGGGUUUCUCAGAGGAGAUCAAUUUGCUGUUUGUUUGGCACUAAUCGAUCAAGGGAAGGUUGUUCUCGGUGUUAUUGGGUGUCCUAACUUGUCACAGUAUGUCGAAUCGAAUGAAAAACACCAUGGAACAGUUGGCGGAUUGUAUCUGGCUAUAACUGGUCAAGGGGCAUACUACUCGGAAUUGUUUACACCAGGAUUUAAGCCUUUAGGACAACAACAACAUAUACAUAUGUCAAAUCAUGACUCUCCAAAGGACUUGAAAGUGGUGGAGGGUGUGGAAAAGGGCCACUCGUCUCAUUCAACCCAAGCAGAAAUAAAGGAAAAGAUUGGGUUUGACCAGAGUACAGUCUCAACACAGACAAUCAAUUUAGAUUCGCAAGUUAAAUAUUGUUUGUUAGCUAGUGGACAGGCAGAUAUAUACUUACGUUUGCCUAUUGACGAUUCGUAUAGAGAAAAGAUUUGGGAUCAUGCUGCGGGAAAUGUUUUGAUUUACGAAGCAGGUGGUAAAGUUGGUGAUAUAUACGGAACUCCAUUGGACUUUAGUAAAGGUAGGUACUUGAAUUCAAAGGGUGUUAUCGCCGGCAACAGCAAAAUAUUCAACACAGUUAUCGAUGCAGUGAAGGAAGUUUUAAAACUCAAUUAA